AUCGAUAACAGGAGUCCUAGAGUAAAAGCCUUGUGCUGGAAAUAUGAAUGAGGCGGGGGGUAGUCAGACAGUCAGGUGGACAGCAUCAGAUAGAGAGAGCGUAAGAAAGACUGACGGACAGUCGGAGAGAGAGAGAGAGAGAAGAAGAAGAAGAAGAGAAAAAGAGAGGUCAUAAGAGAGACUGACGGACAGCCAGAGAGAGAGAGAGAAGGAAGAGAGAAAGUGGAUAAAAAAGACAGGCGGACAGACAGACAAAUAGCGAACUAGCAACGGUAAUCAUUUAGUCGGAAAAAGAACCUUUGGGAUUUUCCAAAUCAAUUAGGUGUGGCAAAUAAAAGUGAAGAAGCGUCAACUGUACAAGCAGACUCUUACUUCGACCAUGGCAACAAAUGAUGUCGAUCCUGGUGGUCCUGGGGCUGGGCAUGACCAGCCGGACAUCGGCUAUCGGCAGCGAGGUUUUGAUGAUUCGAUGGACGAUUUAUAUGGCACCUCACUCACUGUGGCAAAAGAGUGGAAAGUAGGAGCCGAAAUAAAUGAGCAGAAAAAAUCAACUAAAAAACCAUCAAAAGGUGUAACAGUUUUCAAAUGGCUGGCCACACUGCUGAUGUUCUGUUUACUCCUAGCGGCAUUAGUGGCUAGUAAAUUGUCUGCGCUUUACAUAGCGCAAGGACUAAAUAAAACCGAACCCCAAAAUGACGUUGAAAAGAACUCUGCUGCAUUUGAGAUGGUAAUUAUAACAACUAUGUGCCCAUAUCUGGUCACUUUGAUUGUUUCCUUGUGGGUCGGCUCAUUCCGGAGUGAUAUGCCAUGGCCGUCCCGGACAGCCCUAUUCUUGGGAUUAUUGGCAAGCAGUUUCGAAGUUUGUGGCAUCCUGAUACUUACACUGGCUGUCCUACGACAAGUCAAUCCAGUAGUGGCAAUAUUACUGUUGAACAGCGUAUACCUGGCGCCCAGCGUGGUUGGCUUUUUCAGCAGCUGCCGGCAACAACAAGGGAGGGUCUCACACAGAGUGGCUUUUGCACUGGGCAUGUUGUGUACGGUGGCAGGUCUUGUGAUGUCUGUAUAUUGUGCUGUGACGGAACGAGGUACGAAUAUGACUUGGGAGAUUCUCUUGCCAGUAUUUUUGUUAUCUGUCGCAUGGUCUCCAGCUAUGCAGAAAAUUCAACUUUACAACAAAGGAGGCGCAGAGAGCUUCAGGAAGGCUCUUGGAAACACGUACAGCGCCACUCACACAAGAGUAGGGGUUAACGGAACGAUGAGCGGUGCGACAGACCAGCAAACAGACACUAGCGGGUAUUCAUCGUCUCGAAAUGGAGGGCCCAAUAGCAGUAGUAAUAAUAUGCAUAACGCAGGGGCUGCCAGUCAAAGGGCAGACGACAGUUCGUAUAUUAGUUGGCUACGCACGUUGCCGUUAGAUGAUCUAAUUGAUCUUGACCCUUACAAAAGUGCCAGGUGGAAGAAUAAUAUAUUGACUAGUCUAUGGAAGCUUGUUUUAACUCCAUUUGCGGCAAUCGCCUUUGCUAAAGCGUUUGACAUUGGCUAUGAUUUCGAGAAUUUCGAGUCAUUUUUUGAGUAUUGGUCGGAUGGACUUCUCUAUGCUUUUAUCAUCAACGUAUGUACGAGCUUAGCAGGCUAUUUGUUUUCUCUGUUUACUUGUAUGAUGUGUAUGCAGAUUGUUUUCGUUUUACCAUUAAUAUUAAGCACACCUGCCGCCGUCGGGACUUUAUUUUUGCCAUUUAUUGAUGGUCUUUUUCAUCCAGAAAAGACCAUAGAAUACCCUCCAAUUCUUUUAAUAAUUGCUGGUGUAGCUUUCUUUUUUGGACAGUUCUUCACAGUAGGCGUCUUCCUCUUCAAAAAACAGACAGUUGUUAUGGAGAAAGAGUCAUUUUUAUUCUGGCAACCCGGCUAUAAUGGUUAUCUUUUGGACCAAUGGCUGUCACUGUCUCGUAAGACUAAGCAAAUCAUGCAUCGGUUUGAGGAGCCAAUAGAAAGAGGGAAGAGAACCAGGGUGUAUAUUUGCACUACCAUGUAUAGAGAGAGUGCCACUGAGAUGCAGCAGCUUCUGCAGUCUCUGGGAGGCAUCAACAGAGCCCAGGCCGGUCUAGAUAAACACUUUUCAGCACAUAUUUUCUUUGAUGGCGCUGUUCGUGACAAGAAAGCAUCAGACUUUCUACUCAUAUUGGUGUCUUUAGUGGAAGAAACGCUCAAUGUGAAGACUAUUGACGCCACCCGUGUUUCUACGCCUUAUGGAAUGAGUUUGUCUUGGCAGCUACCAGCGCCACCUGGAUUGCGUGGAAUGACCCUCACUAUCCAUUUGAAGGAUAAUUUCAAGGUUAAGAAUAAGAAACGCUGGAGUCAAGUGAUGUACAUGUCCUAUGUGUUGGAUUUCCUAAUGAAAGCUCAUUCAGAUGCCACUGACCAAGACACGUUCAUUCUUACCACCGAUGCUGAUGUUAAGUUUUCUCCGGAGUCUGUGGAAUCCCUUAUGGACAAUAUGAUACGCGACAACACAGUGGGUGCUGUGUGCGCGCGCACUCACCCCAUGGGCUCUGGACCCGUUGUAUGGUACCAAAUAUUUGACUACGCCAUAGGGCACUGGUUUCAGAAAGCCGCCAAUGACGUCCUUGGGUCAGUGCUGUGCUGCCCAGGCUGCUUCAGUGUAUACAGGGUGGCUGCACUGCGAGACGUCUUACCUCUCUACGCCUCUAAAGUGACCAAGGCCGAAGAGUUCUUGACCAAGGACAUGGGAGAAGACAGGUGGUUGUGUACUCUCAUGGUGCAAGCUGGCUGGCGUCUAGAAUACUCUGCCGCUGCUCACGAUGAAACCUUCUGUCCUGAAGAGUUUGACGAGUUUUUCAAGCAGAGAAGACGCUGGAUUCCCUCAACUCUGGCCAAUCAGUUCCUCAUUAUGAAGGAGUGGGUUUAUAUCAGCAAGUUCAACAAUCACAUCCGCAUGUUCUUUGCUCUCUACCAGGCUUUUCUGAUCGUUUCAACUCUGCUAGGACCAGGGACAGUUAUAAUGAUCAUAGCAGGCGGGCUGAACUACUCUUUAUGUGUCUCAACAACUGCAAUGACAAUCCUACUGUUGAUUAUCACUAUGGGUUACGCCGCAAUCUGCCUUACCACUUCACAAGAUACACAACUAAUGGUUGCCAAAGUGAUGACAUUUGUGUUUGCACUGGUAAUGGCCGCAGUCACCGUGGGGACAGCAGUGCAGAUAGGAGAGGACAUUGGACGCUCUUUCAACUUGACUGGCAAUACCUCUGACUACAAACAUUGUGAUGAACCCUUACCAGAACUGGAGCAUGGUGGGUUGCCUUUGUCUACAACAUCAUUGUACUUCAUGGGUAUAGUCGGGAUCUUCCUAGUGGCAGGAUUAAUGCACCUCACCGAGUCCUAUGCUCUGCUGCAUGGCGUAUGGUAUCUUCUGUGUCUACCAUCCGGGUAUCUCCUUCUGAUGAUCUACAGUAUUUGUAAUAUUACAGACAGGUCAUGGGGUACUCGAGAGGAAAAAAAGGAGAGCACCAAGGUUAUAAAGAGCCACAAGACGUGGAAGGACAGGGCAAUACAAAUCUAUAAGGGUUUCCUAUGUUGUUGCUUCUAUCCACAACGGGACAGUGUUACAAGAAAAGAGAUGGUGGACGCGGAAGUUCAGACGACGACUUACUUGCAGCAGCAAAUGUCACAAGAAGCGUUUUCUAGUUUGGCAUCCAUUGACGAAACGAGGUCAUCCACAUAUAUGUAUACGUCGUAUACGGAGCAGGGAAGUGGAGGGCAAGGAAGAACGGAGGAAGAGGAGUUAUACAGACAGAGUCUUAGAAGUAAAGCAAUAUCACACGAUAUAAGAAUUGAUCCGUGA